UCCUGUCACUGGCUUAUAUGGACAAGAAAGCCCACUGUCACGUGACUCACGGCUGCUAAAAACAGCACCGGCUCCCACUCUGAACUUGGGCCUGAAACAAUGUCCUCCACCGAAAGAAACGUGAAGGGCACUCAAUCACACAAUCCUUGGAAAUAUUUCUAGGAACCACUUGUAGGAACCAUUCGAAGCACCCUUUCCCUGGCAGUGACACAGGGACGGCCAGGAGAUGAGCGCAUCUUUGAAUUACAAGUCUUUUUCCAAAGAGCAGCAGACCAUGGAUAACCUGGAGAAACAACUCAUCUGUCCUAUCUGCUUAGAGAUGUUCACAAAGCCUGUGGUCAUUCUCCCCUGUCAGCAUAACCUGUGUCGGAAAUGCGCCAGUGAUAUUUUCCAGGCCUCUAAUCCGUACUUGCCCACGAGAGGAGGCACCACCGUGGCAUCAGGGGGCCGAUUUCGCUGCCCAUCCUGUAGACACGAAGUGGUUUUGGACAGACAUGGGAUAUACGGACUUCAGAGGAACCUGCUGGUGGAAAACAUCAUUGACAUCUACAAGCAGGAGUCCACCAGACCAGAAAAGAAGUCCGACCAGCCCCGGUGUGAGGAACACGAAGAAGAGCACAUCAACAUCUACUGUCUGAACUGCGAGGUGCCCACCUGCUCUCUGUGCAAGGUGUUUGGGGCCCACAAGGACUGCCAGGUGGCUCCCCUCACUCACGUGUUCCAGAGGCAGAAGUCUGAGCUCAGUGACGGUAUUGCUGUCCUCGUGGGAAGCAAUGAUCGCGUCCAGGGCGUGAUCAGCCAGCUGGAGGACACCUGUAAAACUAUUGAGGAAUGCUGCAAAAAACAGAAACAGGAACUUUGUGAGAAGUUCGAUUACCUGUAUGGUAUCCUCGAGGACAGGAAGAAUGAGAUGAGCCAAGUGAUUACCCGAACCCAAGGGGAGAAGCUGGAACACGUCCGUGCUCUGAUCAAAAAGUAUUCUGAUCAUUUGGAGAAUGUAUCCAAGUUGGUUGAGUCAGGAAUACAGUUCAUGGAUGAGCCAGAGAUGGCCGUGUUUCUGCAGAAUGCCAAAACCCUGUUGCAAAAAAUUUCUGAAGCAUCGAAGGCAUUUCAGAUGGAAAAAAUAGAACACGGUUAUGAGAACAUGAACCAGUUCACAGUCAACCUCAAUAGAGAAGAAAAAAUAAUACGUGAAAUUGAUUUUUACAGAGCAGAAGAUGAAGAAGAAGAAGAAGGAGAGGCAGAAGGAGAAGGAGAAGAAGGAGAAGGAGGAGGAAGAGGAGGAGAAAGAGAAGAAGUAAAAGUGGAAGAGAUAGAAAAUGUUCACACAGAGUCACCGGGAGAAGACGAAAGUCUGCAGAAAGCCUUGGAGCCCUCUCAGCUGGCCUCGGAACUCCAGGCUGCCCCAGCGACACUUCCAACACUUCCGGUUUCCUCUCCAGAGCCACCUCCAGCCCUGCCUCCUGUGGAUGUCCCAGUGACACAGGGGGAGGUUGUGCCCACUGGCUCUCAGCAGACCACAGAGUCUGAAACGCCAGUCCCGGCAGCAACGGACACUGCGGAUCCCUUGUUUUACCCUAGUUGGUAUAAAGGCCAAACCCGGAAAGCUACCACCAACCCACCUUCCACCCCAGGGAGCGAAGGUCUGGGGCACGUAGGGCCUCCAGGUUCUGAGGAAUCGAAUGUGCAGAAGGCAGAAGUGGCAGAAGCCGCAGCCAGUGAGAGGGCAGCAGUGAGUGGUAAGGAAACUAGUUCACCUGCAGCUACUUCUCAGGAGUUAGCAAUCUGCCUAGCACUUUUGGCUUUUCUUAUACUUCACUACAUCUGGAGUCAGAUUCAGUGCUUGAUUUUUACUUUAUUGGAUUGGAUUUGAGGACCCUCCCCUGCAGGGACAGGCUGCAGCUGCAGGGAGUGGGAAUGGAGUUGAUUCUGAGCCAGCUCGCCAUGUCUUCUCUUUUUCCUGGUUGAACUCCCUGAAAGAAUGAUGUUCAUUCCAACCGCUGCCCCUCUGUCUGCCUGGCUGAGAUGCACAGAGGCAGCAGGGAACCUAGAUGAGAUUAAUAUUAUGCAGAUGAGGAAAGGGACCUCUGGACAGGAUUUCUGCAGAAAACCUCUUUAAUUCCAGAUGACUUAUGAAACACAUUAAAGAAAAACAAUACUUUGAGAAAAUAUUUGCAGAAAGCAUUGGAAAAAAAGAAACCUGAUUUUAGGCAAAACUCUUAUUGUGUGGGAAACAUUAUGAAUGAAGGACGUAUAAGUGUGGUACAUGCGUGCGUGCGUUAGUAGUAACUGGUGAAGGCAGAAAAAAGUGGGCACCACACUCUUGUCUCUAAUAGGCACUGGCUUUGAAUAUUAUAUCGUAGUAGCUCUUAUUCUCUUUCCUUUUUAACAAUGCAGAUGGUCAGUGAAAUUCAGUGUUAAUUCAGAAGUGACUGAUUUAUCAUUAUAUGGACAAAAGGUAAAUCAUUGACCAAAGGUAUGAAUUGUUUCACAAAGGUUUCCUCUUUUCCAUAAUACAUAUCGCUGGAGGUACAUGUAGAGAUGUUCUUUGACUCUGGUGACACUUUCAUAGUCCAGAAGGUUGAAAGCUUAGGACAUUUCUAUAAUCUUAGUUUUAAAUAUGCAGAUAUGUGGCACUUUAAUGGAAAAAAAAAAAGCUUUUCAACUAUCUACUUUCUCAUGUAUCCACUAAGGCACCAAUCUGCUAAACUGCAGAACAACUGCAUGUAUUUAAAUACACACACACACACACACACACACACACACAG